AUGCCUAGCCUCACCACCAUCCUCGCCAUCGCGGCCCCGGCCCUCGCCCUGAGCUCGCCUCCCUCUGGCGCCCUCACCGUCGGCUCCUCGGGCGACUACUCGACCAUCCAGGACGCCGUCGACGCCCUCUCGACCUCGUCCUCGUCCGAGCAGGUCAUCUUCAUCUACUCGGGCACCUACUCGGAGCAGGUCGUGAUCCCCGCCCUCUCCGGCGCCCUCAGCGUCUACGGCCAGUCCGACGACGAGACGUCGUACGGCAGCAACACCGUCACCAUCUCGGCCGGCAAGUCCCAGGACGACGGGCUCGACAACGACGGCACCGCCACGCUCGCCGUGCACACGGGCAACGUCAAGGUGUACAACCUCAACGUCGAGAACACGCGCGGCUCGGGCUCGCAGGCCGUCGCGCUCUCGGCCUACGCCUCGGGCAACCACGGCUACUACGGCCUCAAGCUCACCGGCUUCCAAGACACGCUGCUCGCCCAGCAGGGCACCCAGAUCUACGCCAACUCGUACAUCGAGGGCGCCACCGACUUCAUCUUCGGCCAGCAGGCCGUCGCCUGGUUCGAAAACUGCGACAUCCGCGUCGCCUCGGCCAGCGUCGGCUACCUCACCGCCAACGGCCGCGACAGCGACUCCAACCCUUCCUACUACGUCAUCAGCAACUCCAACGUCGCCGCCGCCGACGGCGCCAGCGUCGCCUCCGGCGCCAUCUACCUCGGCCGCCCCUGGCGCAACUACGCCCGCGUCGUCUUCCAGGACACCGCCCUCGCCGACAUCAUCAACGCCGCCGGCUGGGCCCAGUGGAGCUCGUCCGACACCCGCACCGACGCCGUCACCUUUGCCGAGUACGGCAACACGGGCGAUGGCGCGUCGACGAGCAGCAGGGCGAGCUUCUCGGAGCAGUUGAGCUCCGCCGUCUCCAUGUCGGAUGUGUUGGGUAGCGAUUACUCGGACUGGGUUGAUUCUUCGUACAUUUAA